UCCGGCAACAGAGAGGACUCUGCAGAAGGCACGACGGCACGGCAGCGCCACACAACAAGCGGCGGCGCCCACGGUGGAUCGUUUCAACCCGUUUAAACAGUGUCGUAGGGCGUUAAAUCCUGAUACCCGAAUAAUGUCUUCGCAAUCGUCGUCCUCGUCGUCCUCGGCGUACUCGUCGUUCUCGCCGACAGCCUCUUCUGAUUCUCACUCAGCCCCCUCGCCCGAAGUCAGCGAGGCCGAGGACGUGAGCGAGAAAGAAGAAAUUGCUAAGCAGUUCAUGCUUCCAGAACGUAAAUCAAAAAUAGCGACGUUACUCAAGCAGGACAGACAAUAUUGUGUUUGCCGUUCUACUGACUCGAACAGAUUUAUGAUUGGCUGUGAUAAUUGUGAAGAAUGGUACCAUGGUGAUUGUAUUGGUAUAACUGAAAAGGACGCAAAGUAUAUUGAGCAGUAUUACUGUGUGAGAUGUAGAGAGGAGGAUCCAGACCUUGUGACUCGAUUCAAAAACAAAAAACCCGACAAGCAUGACUACAGGGAGAGAGAUCGAUUCAAGGAAAGAGACAGGGAUAGAGAUUAUGAAAGAGAAAAACACCACAAGGAGAGGGAGAGAGAUAGUGCUUACAUUCCCCCUCACUCUUCGUACCGUGAAGAGAAGGAAAAGAAACCUAAAAAGCGGCGUGAUGCUUUUACUGUUCCCAAGGAACCAUCCAAACCUAAGAGUUAUCGCUGUGGAAGUUGCAUGGGAUGCUUCAGGUCGGAAGAUUGUGGCCGUUGCUCUAUGUGCCGUGACAUGAGGAAAUUUGGUGGCCCUGGUAGACACAAAGGAAAAUGCCUGGCUAGAGUCUGCACAAGUGUGUCAAAUCAUCGGACUAAGGCUCCAGUAGUUCAUGAAAAGCGGCGCAAACGCAAAGACUCUUCUUCAGAUGGAGAAAAGACUACCUUUGUCCCUGAAGUGCCUCGUCAGUGUUAUGGCCCACAAUGUGUUAAGUAUGCUCGACAGGCAUCAAAGUACUGCUCUGAAGAGUGUGGUUUGAAACUGGCAGGUGCCCGAAUUUAUCAGAUAUUGCCUCAAAGAAUUCAAGAGUGGGCACUUGCCCCUUGUGAAGCUGAAAAUCAGAAUAAGAAAGAGCUUGAAAAAGUUCGUAGGGAACAAGUAGAAGUGAGAAGCAUCUUGGAGCAACUAGAGAAACGUCAUAGGGAACUGGAUGCAGUCAUAGAAAGAGCAGACCAAGCUUCUGUCGAUGAACACUAUGAUGAUGACAUGGAAGAUGAAACUGAAAUGUCUAUGUAUUGCAUUACAUGUGGUCAUGAAAUCCAUUCUCGUACUGCUAUUCGCCACAUGGAAAAGUGCUUCAACAAGUAUGAAAGCCAAUCUUCAUUUGGCUCUGUCUACAAAACUGUCAUUGAAGGAAAUAAUAUGUUUUGUGAUAAUUACAAUCCUGUCUCUGGCAUGUAUUGUAAGAGACUCCGAGUUCUAUGUCCUGAGCACACCAAAGAACCCAAAAUAGCUGAUCAUGAGGUUUGUGGGUGUCCUCUGGUCACAAAUGUCUUUGACUUGACUGGAGAAUUCUGUCGAGCGCCCAAGAAGCAUUGUGUGAAGCAUUAUUGCUGGGAAAAAUUAAGAAGGGCUGAAAUUGACAUGGAGCGAGUGAGACAGUACAUGAGAGCUGAUGAGUUGAUGGAACAAGAACGCCAGCUGCGACACAAGCUCGCGAACCGCGCCGGUGUGCUUGCUCUAAUGCUGCACUCCACCUACAACCACGAGUUGAUGGAGCAGAUGACUGCCCAGCAGCAAGCUCAAGAGCAAGCCCCGACCUCGGCCCAGCAAGGAGUAGAAAAUGGUCGGCCUCAGAAGGACCAUCAGUCAGAAAACAAGAAAGAGGAGGAGGAGGAAGAAGAAGAUGGAGAAAGAAUGUCUGAUUGAUAUAGGCGUAAAAAGCUUUUAUUUUGUAAAUUUGUUUUGUUUUUCUUCUUUUUUGGAAUAUGAAUUAAAGUCUCUUCUUGACCAAGGAAA